AUGGGGAGUGGACUCACCAAACACAAGGACGUCAACCCGUCAAGACAACACAACAGCAACACUCAUACAUUCACUAAUAAUAAGAAUAAGAAUAAGAAUAAUAAUAAGAAGAAAUUAUCAUCAUCCCGUAAACGAUCCACAGAAAAUGAUUUUCACGGCCGCAGUGCUGGUCCACAUACAAAUCCCGUCAUUUAUCCAAUAGUCAAUCCACCCACUUCGGAGGGGUCUACACAAUACCGCUGCGGUGGACCAAAUGUGGUGGAUGGUAUCAUCACCCCAUCCCUCUCCUCCGCCAAUCUCACCGAGGCCUAUUGGAAAAGAGACCACAGCGAUGAAAAGAGUAAAAUGACCUCCUCUGGCGCUACUGUAUUACUUUAUCAAAUUAUCAUUCCACGACCGGCAUAUGAUGUAUGGGCCUUCUACAAUGAUACGGAGGAAAUUCAUUUUCUCAUCACUUUCCAUUUCAGCCCGCAUCCCAUGCAAACACGUGAGAAACUACGACCACUUGGGGCCACUACACUUGUAUGGGAACAGGACGGUACAGUCAUUGCGAAAUUAUGUGUGGGCCCUGCAGAGACUUCAUUUGCGUUUGCAGGCCAUCUCGUGGCUUACCGUGUCACUAUUGAAGGGAUUCCAGUCGAUCCCAUCGUAUGA